AUGGGGGGCCCCCCACGGGGGGCCCCCCCUUUCAGUACCCUCUCAAUCAGCUCAACAAAGCGGAAUGUGUUUGCUGCAGCAGCAGCACAUGAGGGGCCCCUGCAGCAGCAGCAGCAGCAGCAACAGCAACAGCAGCAACAGCAGCAGCAACAGCACCAGCAGCAGCAACAGCAGCAGCAGCAGCAGCAGCAGCAGUAUGGGGUCCCACGGCCAGCGCCGUUGCCUUGGGGGCGGCAUAAGCAGCUGCAGGCGAUGCAGCAGCAGCAGCAGCAGCAGCAGCAGGAGCAGCAGCUGCGAGAGAUGGUCCCUGAAUCAGCUGCAGCAGCAGCAGCAGCAGCAGGUAGCAGCAUGCAUGCGCUCUCUAGCGGAUAG